GUUGUUAUAUCGUCUGAAUUAGUCAAAACAUAACUACGAUUCAUGUUUCAUAUCUCUCUUUAGUUUGUUUACAUUUGAAAGUGAAACCUAACCCUUAAGGUCGAAAUUAAUAUUUCUGCUCGAUGUUUGUCGAGCCAUAGUAAAACCGUGUUUGAACAGUUUUGAGGUGAUGGCGACUCCAGUAGAUCCUCAGACGCCGUCAGUAUCAGGACAGGAGAAGAGACACGUGAGGUUUGUGGAAGUGUCACCGCGAGAUGAAGACCAGAAGGUAUUUAUCCUCUGUAACUCUGGAGAUGUAAUCCGAUAUUACCUGUAAUCAGUAGUGUAUCGGUUCCAGUUACUCCAGUCAGAUCUGGAGAGCUGUGUGUGUUGUUUCAGGACGUGAUGGAGGAGUCUGGUGCUCAUCUGUCCGUGUGGUCGGCCGGUCUGUUCAUCAGUAAGUGGCGCUCGGCGCAGCGCAGAGGGGUUCGAGCCCGGCUCUACACGGAUGACCCCGAGUACAGACGUGUGCUGAGAGAACAGGAGCUCCAGCUGAGAUCCAGUGUGCCGCUGCCGCUGGCCUCUGCUAUGGACCAGGAGACCCUGCUCAUCCUGCUGGACGUGGAGAAAUCUUACAGACGGAGCCUGGGUCCACACCACACUCUCACCACAGACGCUCAGAGACGAAUCCAGACGCUCAGAGACAGACGGUCUGCUCGAGGUGUGAGAGACGAGACAGAGACGAGCACCUGGAGCCGCUGGACACCCUUCAGGACAGACAGACGCGCUCAGAGUCCAGACACAGAGACAGAGAAGAGCGUCCUGGACACCUGGACCCGCUGGACACCCUUCAGGACAGACAGACGAGCUCAGAGUCCAGAGACAGAGACAGACACAGAGAAGAGCGUCCUGAACACCUGGAGCCGCUGGACACCCUUCAGGACAGACAGACGAGCUCAGAGUCCAGAGACAGAGACAGACACAGAGAAGAGCGUCCUGGACACCUGGACCCGCUGGACACCCUUCAGGACAGACAGACGAGCUCAGAGUCCAGAGACAGAGACAGAGGAGAGCGUCCUGGACACCUGGAGCCGCUGGACACCCUUCAGGACAGACAGACGAGCUCAGAGUCCAGAGACAGAGACAGAGGAGAGCGUCCUGGACACCUGGACCCGCUGGACACCCUUCAGGACAGACAGACGAGCUCAGAGUCCAGAGACAGAGACAGACACAGAGAAGAGCGUCCUGAACACCUGGAGCCGCUGGACACCCUUCAGGACAGACAGACGAGCUCAGAGUCCAGAGACAGAGACAGACACAGAGAAGAGCGUCCUGGACACCUGGACCCGCUGGACACCCUUCAGGACAGACAGACGAGCUCAGAGUCCAGAGACAGAGACAGAGGAGAGCGUCCUGGACACCUGGAGCCGCUGGACACCCUUCAGGACAGACAUCUUCAGACGCGCUCAGAGUCCAGACCACACCAGCGUCUGAUGAGAAUACACAUUAAACACUGAGAAUCUGCUUCAGCUGUGUGUGUUUGACAGAGAGCACACACACACACACACACACACACAGACGGAAGAUCCUGUCUGGCACACACUGAUGACAGUCACUUCUACAACUUUCUGCAACAGUUUAAAAACACUUCUAACGUAAUUGUGGCUUUUCAGUCUUACAAAUCUGAUUGUAUUUUUUCUAAAUUGAAAGUUUUCAUCUCACAAAUCAAUCUUUUUCUCUGAAUGUGAGUUAACGUUUGAUUCUGAAAUCAUUUUCUGUAUCAAACUCAUUUGUACACAGUGUUAGUGUAAAUCCUGCAGAUGUGAUUCAGAUCAGUGAUUAGCGUUAGCAUGAUGUGUUACAGAGCUGUACAACACUGUGAACUAAGAUUUACAUUCACAAUCACAUCACUGCUGAUCUAUAACAUACGUCAGUCUUUUAAAGUGAGUACAGACGUGUUGUCUCCUCCGGUGGAGUGAAAUAAAGACCCCGCAGGAGGAGAAGAAGACAUGGUGAACGCCAGAGAAAGACUGGAAUCAGAGUCAGUUCAUCUGUGAUUCCUUCUUCAUCCAUCACUCGAUCAGAACCAGCAGUGUCCUUUACAACAUGUGUCUUCAAUGAGACGACAGGACGAGAGGAGUGCUUCGUGUCAUGUGAACAGAAGUGUGAACACGUUUAGCACUGGAUCAGAUCAGUGGUGUGUCAUGAAGGAGAACACACACACACACACACAUCUGUCAGUAUCUGAUUCAGACACUUUAUCACAAUAUGGUAUCUGGUAUAAUUAUGUUAUGUUACAUUAUUAGCCAGCUCUAAAUGUAAAAUUGGAUAUAAAGCAAAAAGUCAAGUAUAAAACUGUUGAUUAAAUUGUAUAUAUGGUAUGAAAAACAUGACUAAUAUCUGACAGCUCUUUCAUAUAA